AUGAGGAACGCCCCGACGGACACCGGUAUUUCUGUCGUUUAUGAGCCGGAGAAUGAUGAGCCAGUUGUUGACAUCAUCUUUGUACACGGCUUGCAAGGGCAUCCGUACAGGACUUGGGCAAGCACAAAGGCACCCAAACCCCCUACAUUCGGGCAGGAAUUUCCCAACGGCGGCAAACAUGUAAAACGAAAUGCGUUGCGCUCCUCACUGUCCAGGCUUAGCAGGACUCUUUCCGGAAAGUCUGUUCGUGAAAGGGCAAGCAAACCUUAUGUCCACCAAGGCCCGGGAGAUACAGGCAAUUCCGCAUCCUCGUCCCAGGCGGUGUCUUCGCCUGUGUUCUGGCCAUCCGAUCUGCUGCCCAAAGAAUGCCCGGAUGCGCGUAUACUCGUGUACGGCUACGACACAAAGGUCACAAAGUAUAUGGCUGCGCCCACGAACCAGAACAGCAUCUAUUCUCAUGCCAAGGAUCUCCUUUUUGCUCUGUCGAGAGUGACGGUUCUCGGCCGUCGAUUGAUCUUCGUCGCCCAUAGUCUUGGAGGGAUAAUUCUCAAGGAGAUGCUCGCAGCAUCCUCGACCUCAAGAGACAGCCAUCUAACAAGCAUUGUCGAAUCAACUUCCGCUGUCAUCUUCCUUGGCAACCCUCACCGCGGCAGUCCAGACCUUGCUGCUCUCGGCGAAUGGGCGCGUUCUUUCAUCAGCGCUUUCCGCGCCGAGACGACAGCUACGAUUCUCCAGGCACUGGGCUUGAGAAACACGGAUUUGGAAAGAGCACAGGAAUCCUUCUCUGCCCUGUGGCAAAGAUACAGUUUCCGUGUCAAGACUUUCCAGGAAGCACUUGGCUUGACGGGGUUGAAUCUCGGUGUUCUGGGUAACAAAGUUGUGCCCGACUACUCGUCAUCUCUUGGGGACCACCGCGAAGAUGCCGAAACUAUCCAAGCUAAUCACAUGGAUAUGUGCCGAUUUGCCGGGCCUGACGACCCAGGCUACCGAAAGGUCGCCGAAGAACUCAGAUCGAUAUAUCUUUCGCUCGUUGAAGCACGUGCUCUGCAAACCGAAUUACCUGACCGGACAAGGCGGCCCCAAACCUUACUCAGCAUUUCGUCCUUAGGGUGUGGCGAAGGGGAUGCCGCGUUGACUGAAACCGAGAGAGCUGUCCUUCAAUUUUUGUGGUUCCCGGGCAUGCAUACUCGUCGGCGGAACCUGCGAAGCCCAGCAGACAACACAUGUAAUUGGCUUUUCGAAACCCACUGUUACAAACUCUGGCUUAGCGGGGAUACUGGGGACAUAAGUCUGGGUAAUGGUAUGCUUUGGUUGAAAGGAAAGCCCGGCGCCGGCAAGUCGGUACUAAUGAAGGAAGCCUACCGGCGCACUCUCCGAGAACACGCCAGGUCCGGUCAUUAUGUUGCAGCUUUCUUCUUCAAUGCCAAGGGACGGGAACUGGAAGCUACGAAAGCUGGACUCUAUCGGUCAUUGCUACAUCAGCUGCUGCGCCAAGACAGAGAACAGCUGACUCGCCUGGCGCCCAGGUUGCUUGAUAUAAGCAGGGAGAGCAGAGUAGACGACUCAAACGGCGCGGGCAACGCAUGGCUGCUCGAUCAACUGGAAUCUAUACUACGCCUGUUGCUUGGCAAGUGGCGGGGAGGGCGGAAAAGCUUCAUCUUCAUCGAUGCUGUCGACGAAUGCCACGAGCGGGCCUCAGCGCUCAUCCACUUCUGGCAGUGCUUAAACCUGCGGGCGUGGGAAGGGGGAGCCAGGCUAAACGUCUUGCUCUCAAGCAGAGACUCCACAUCAUUUCUUUGGCCGGAAAUCGUCGUGGACCGUUCCAACCGGAACGACAUUGCGGCAUAUGUAUCGCAGAGGUUCCGACUUACCAAGGCAGGUGCGGAUCCACAGUGGCCACGGCUGCGAGAUGAAAUAUUGCAGAAAGCCGACGGGGUGUUUCUGUGGGCUCAUCUCGUCGUGGAAGAGACGCUCAGCAAAUGGGAGGAGGGCGGAAACCUAGUGUACUGGAUUGAGAAGGUCAAUGUCCUGCCCAGAGAGCUCAGCGAUCUCUUUGCCGAGAUUCUUGCGUCUACCCCUCCGGGAUCGGAAGAGCUGCUGCUGCGGCUCUUCCAGUGGGCUACACUCGCUGUCAGACCUCUUCGGCUCCACGAGUGGCACCAUAUAUUGGCGUUCAUCAGGCGGCCGGUGCCCUCGUCGCUACAACAAUGGCGGCUUUCAGAGCAUUUCACCACAAGCGAAGACCAACUUGAGAGGCAGAUCAGGACCUUGUCAAGGGGUUUAUUAGAGGUUACCAACGGCACAGCUGGGCCAAAGGACGAGCUUCUAGAAUCAGUAUCAGUCUGCGCCUGGGCCGGCUCUCUGGAUUUGGAGAACGGUGAGACCAGAGCCAUCCAAGUCAUCCACGACUCUGUUCGUGAGUUUUUCUUCAGUUGGGGAUUCGAAUACAUAAUAAAUAGGAAUCUCGCGCGGGAGUUCGAACAAGUUGCCACUCUGGGUCAAUCGUACAGAGAGCUUUACUCUGGUCUCGGCCAUGUCUCCAUAAUGACGACUUGUCUCGACUAUCUAAACAUUGCCGAGUUGGACGCUCUAGUUACGGCGAGGAAAGAGGCUGCACAACGUCAGAGAUACAUUGAGGAGCAGGACCCGACCCCGCCUCUGUUUGAGGAAACGGCAGAGACCGACAAGGUUUCACGCGAAGAACAAUGCCUGUCACCGGUUGGCUUGGCAGGGAUUGAUAUAAUGAAGUGGAUUGCCACUACCGAUUCAGUUGUUGACGACACUUAUUUGACAAAACCGGACAUCUGUUCUCCGUCCUCGGUGGUCCCGGACGACUCAGUAAAGACAACCACCUUGGAGGAUUACCCGGCACUGCUCUUAUAUGCUACUCACGAGUUCUUCACCCAUGCCAGACUGGCUCGGUCCUCAGGUGUCGAUCUGCAACCUAUCGUUGCACGAUUGCGUGAAAGCGAAAUCUGGACUCGCUGGAUGGCUCUCACUGAGCUGAAUUUGCAGGUCAUAACCGUCGAUGGCUAUCUCCGCAAACAGGGGCUAGGGGAUCUCUCUUUCGUAGCCACUCGGGAGUCACUAGAGAAGCAAAAGGAUGACAACUACAUUUUUAAAGCACUAAUUGGACAAGUGGACGAGACGCGCCAGCCCAAAAACAUGAUGGAGCGGUCACUGCAGGAUCUUGUCACCCCUGACCGUCUGCCGGACGGAGAACAGGGCGGCGACCCUUACAGCCCGGGUGAUGUUGGGAACCGCCGGGCACCGGAUAACAGACGCUUACGAAGACGAGGCAGUGCUGCAAGUUUUGGUUCCGGAAGCGGCAGUGUCGCAAGUUUUUCUUCUGCUGGGAGCUACACUAAGGGAACCAACAAACCCUUUGGAGGUGGCAACGUCUAUACCAAGGGAACCAAACUCCCAUCAUUCCGCAGCCUUGUGGAAAUAGAAUUCCCUGGGGCCCUUGGUACGGGACCCAGUCUCUCGAACACACAAGCUGGGCCACAUCGAUGCGAACGCAUCAACCCGAGCACAGGAGAACCAUGCGACAUGGGUUUCUCAAGGCCCUUGGAACUUACCCUGCACGAACACACAUUCCACAAUGUGCUCAAGAAACAGGUCCGCUGCGAUCUGUGCGCAGAUGAAAAAACAUUCAGCAGGUCAGACGCACUGGCGCGGCACUAUCGCGUAUGCCACCCCGAGAUUGAGCGUCCCAUCAGCGACACCGAUGACGACUACAUCGAUGAGAGUGCCAUUGACGACGACGACGAUGAAGAAUGGGAGGAAGAGUCCGCCGAAGAAAGCGGGAAGUCGAGCAUGGAAGAGAAGAUUCAGUUCAAGCGUGUGGAUUCGAGUGCGAACCUUACGUCACGACGGUCACUCAUCACUUUGAUGCUGGCCAACAACAACACCGAAGAGACGUAUAGCAUGGAAACCCGGGAAGGGGCUGUGCCAUGGUAG